AUGAGUGGAAUAAUUGUAAGACUCAGAUGCGAAAUCGGGCUGUAUCGCAUCGAGGUGGAUAAAAACAAAAAACUAAUCGAUUUGAAGAAGAAAAUAGAAGAGCUGUUAAAUGUGCCUACGGAAAAGCAAGAAUUGUUCCUACUUGAAAAUCCAAACGAAGCUUUAUCAGAUGAUGCAUGUACAUUGAGCACAUAUAAAAUACAAAAUGGGAGUAUUGUUCAGCUAAGAAGUAAAGUAAAACCGAUAGCUAAUAAAAAAAGGGAAGAACGAAAUGAAGGAAUGAAAGGUAGCAACCCUAGUAAAACGUCUUUACAGAAUGAACCAGUUAGUAAAAAUUCAUAUUUUGAAGAGAAAAGCCAAAAAAAAAUGGUGAAUGAUGAUAAAGGGGGAACAGAUUUUAAUGGAAAAAAAGAGAUAGAUAAUAAAUCAAAUAAGAAAAGCGAAAAUGAACCAAAUUUUAAAUCGUUUGAUUAUUUUUUAAAAUUGAGGGGGUAUAAUACGACAGAUCUUCCUCUAAAUCUAGCUUACAAGUCGGUAUAUUUAAUAAAAGGGCAAUUUAAUAAAAUUCCAUUAAGUAUAACAUUAAAACACCAGGAAUAUAGACAUGUAGAUCAUUUAGAACUAAUGAAUGUAGAAGAGAUAAAAAAUUUUGUCAACUAUUGGUGUUUUACCAAUAAUAUGUUUGAACAAAGAGCUGGAUGGAUGUAUGGUUAUUAUAAAGAAGAUACACACUACAAUUUAGGAAUAAGAGCAGUAUGUGAGUGCAUAUAUGAACCUCCACAAAUUAAUGAAAAUAAUAAAAUAAAACUUCUCUCAGACGAUUUUAUCGAUUCUGUUGAUUUAAUUGCGGAAAGAUUAGGUUUAGAAAGAAUUGGUUGGAUCUUUACACAUUUACCAAGAAAAGAAUAUUUAACAUCAGAUGAGGUAGUACAUAUAGCUAAAUUACAGCUAGCUAAUAUAAAAAAAAAUAUGCAUUAUACAAAUUAUAGUGUAUCAAACUUUAUUACAUGUACUAUAUCACCAGAUCCAAUGUUAAGUAAUGAACCUGUAACUAAUGCUUUUAUGGUGUCGGAUUUAGGAAUGGCAUUAAUUAGAGACAAUUUAAUUGAAGAAAAUCAAACAGACCCUUCACAUGUACAGUUAAGAAAUCCAAAUAAAAAUGAAUUACUACCACAAAUUUUAGAAGGCGGAAAAGAAACCAAUAAGUUUGAUACUGACUGGUUUAUUGUACGUGUUAAUGAAUCCGCACCCAAAAAUAUUCGAUCUAUUUUUAAAAAUUUUCAUUUCCCUAGAGAAAAUAGAGUUAAUGCACAAACUGUUUUUGAUGUCAAAGAGUAUUUUGCAAGUACUAAACUGGAAAGAGGUACCAACGGAAAUUUUAGAUGUUCAGAUUUUCAUCUUAUUUUAUUUGUAUCUAAAGUUCUAGAUAUUGAAACAGCACUUGCUUUAUGUGAUGCUGCAUUAAACAAAAAGGAAAUUGAUCCAAUAAUGGAGGAGAUUCUUACCUCCGUGAAAGUCUAA